CCAGCAGUAACCCACGUCUCUGAAAUCACGAGGCAUUCGGAGCAUCACCGCAGCCAGUCUCAUGGCUUUCCCGGCACCGCCGCCGCCGCCGCUACCUGCACUAAUGGCGCCGCCGCUAUUUCCUCCACCUCCGAUAUUGGUGCCGCCGCCUUCUCCACCUGCACUAGUGGCGCCACCACCUCCAGUACCGGCGCCGCCGCCGUCGCCGCCACCUCCACUACCGGUGCCGUCGCUGCUUCCACCAGUCCAGAACUCGUCCAGGAAACGAAAGAUUAAAGAGGAAAAGGCAUCCUCAUCGGCAGCUAAGCGGAAGGUCUCUGAUGUGAAGCAGGCAAAUGCAUCGGUGAUGUCGAUGCAUUCACCGGCAUCACUAUUGCCACUACCACCUUCUGGCGCCGGUGCUGACUUGUCAAGCCACGAAGCCAUACGCCUCUAUUCUCCCGAUCCACCGACAAGAUUUUCCUUGUUCGUUGUUCCUCAACUGCCGAGUUCCUCUGUGGUGUCGCCCACAGCUGCUGCUGCCACCCCUGCAAAUCAGGAUCAGCGACACGGUGACUCAUCCACAGCUGCUGCUACCACCCUUGCAGGUCGGGUUCAGCGACACAUUGAAGCGAAGGCUAAGAGGAAGCAACAGAUCAAAGGGAGGACAACAUCCUUAUCAAUGGCUAAGCGAAUGGACCCUGCUAUGAAGCAAGCAAAUGCAUUGCCAUCAAAGCGGUUGAAGUCGCCAGUUGUAACCAUGUCACCACUUAUACCAGCAAGGUCAAUAGGCAUGAAAAUGUUGUUAUCUGCCAACCUCAGCUCACCAACAGUGAUAGUGUCGUCACAAGGGACAGCAAGCUCGAAAUCACAAUCGCCGAUAUCUCCUUUUCUCGGAAAAAGAACUACUGCUGCUGCUGGAUCUUCACAUAGAAGUAAAAGGCGCAAACUUACCUCACAUAUAUGGCAGCAUUUUGAGGCAAUAUAUGAUAAUGAUAUCUUAGUAGAAGCUCAAUGCAUUCAUUGCAACCAAGUGUUCAAAGCAACCAGAGAUGUUGGUACAAGUGCAUGUGGUAGACACAUCAAAGUUUGUGAGGGAAAGGCUAGAUUAGAAGAAAUGGUCUCUCAACUGAGUUCAACCGUGCCCUUAACUGAUGCUUCCUUGAAAAAUUGGAAAUUUGAUCAACAAGUAGCUCGCCAAGAAUUAGUGAACUUAAUAGUGAUGCAUGGGUUGCCUUUCAGUCUGGUAGAGUAUCCAAAGUUCAGAACAUUUGUGGCUGCUCUAAAUCCAUGGUUCAAACAAGUUUCUAGAACCACUAUUAGGUCUGACUGCAUUAGUUCAUAUGAGGAAGGAAAAAUAGUCCUACGGCAUGUGCUACAAAAUUCGGUCUCUAGGGUUUCUCUUACUGCUGAUUUAUGGACCUCAAACCAAACAUUGGGCUAUUUAUGUGUGACUUGUCACUACAUUAGUGAGAACUGGAAGAUACAUAAGAAGAUCAUAAAGUUCGCUUUAGUUGAGACCCCGCAUGAUGGUUGGAACCUAUUCAAUGCUAUGUUGGAAACCUUGCAAGAUUGGAAUCUAGAAAGCAAACUUUUUGCUAUCACAUUGGAUAAUGCAUCAGUAAAUAAUAACUUUGUGACAACUUUAAAAGAAAACCUUGUCUCAAAGGGUCAACUGCUUCGCAAAGGAAAGUUGUUUCAUUGUCGUUGUGCAACCCAUGUGUUUAAUCUCAUCGUCCAAGAAGGUUUUAAGGCCAUAAGUAGUGCUACCAAGAACAUUAGAGAGAGUGUUAGAUAUGUGAAAAGCUCACAAGCUCGCAAACAAAGGUUUGAACUUAUGGUUGAGAAAUGUUCUAUUCCUGUUGAGAAACGCCCUCCACUCGAUGUUGUCACCAGGUGGAAUUCAACUUACCAUAUGCUUGUCACAUCUUUGGAGUAUAGGAGAGCAUAUGAAGCUUUAAGGCAAAAUGACCCACAAUACAUACAUGAGCCUUCGACUGAGGAUUGGAAGUUGGCAAAGAAGCUUUGUACCUUGUUAGAACCAUUCUAUGAUGCCACUAUGAAAGUAUCUGGCUCAAAUUAUCCAACUUCAAUUCACUACUUUCAUCAAAUUUGGGAGGUAAAGAAAGAUUUAGAGAAAGAAGCCUCAAAUUCUGAGUUGGUUAUAAGAACAAUGGUUCAUGAGAUGAAGCAAAAAUUGAAGAAGUAUUGGGAUCUGUCGUAUUUGAAUAUCUGCAUUCCUGUUAUUCUUGAUCCUCGUUUUAAGUUGAAAUUUCUGGAGUUUCGCUUAAAGGAAGGAUUUGGUAUAGAAGCAUUCAGAUAUCUAUCUAAAGUGGAGACGACAUUUAGAAAACUGUUUGCUGAAUACUCCUUAAAAGUUGGUGACUCAGUCAUUGCGGAGGAACAUACUGUCAGUAAUGUUGAGCUGAAUGAGUUAGACCCAUGGGCAGAUUGGGCCCAACAUCAAAGUGCUCAGAGAAAAAAAAAGUUAAUGAGUUGGAUCAGUACUUGGAAGAAGAAACAGUGCCUGUGACAGUUGAUCUAGAUAUCUUGCAGUAUUGGAAGAUACACUCAACAAGAUAUCCAGUACUUGGAUGCAUGGCACGUGAUAUUUUAGCUAUACCUGCAUCCACAGUGGCCUCAGAGUCUGCAUUUUCUACCGGAGAGAGAAUAGUGAGUGAUUAUAGAAGCAGGCUCAAGAGUGAAACAAUUGAAGCUCUCAUUUGUCUUCAGGAUUGGUUAAGAUCGGAGGAUAGCACACAUGAUAAUAUAGCUGGAAUUAUAGCUGCGGACGAUGAAGAUUGUAUUUAGAUAGAAGAAACAUUCAACAAGACGCUGCGGCAUAAGUGUAUUCCCAAAUAGAUGCACCAGCACAGUAGAGGAGUACGAGAGGCGGAACUUCUAACAACGUCGAAAUUCAUCUCUUUGGGAACCAAAAGCUUUAAGCAUUGCUGCUCCUGAUACUGUGACUUGAGAAUUAAAAAGUGAUAUGUGAAGUAAUGAUGAACGGUUCUACAAAGUAACAUUGGUUGUAGUUACUAUUUUGAUCUAUGUUGGAUCUUUUAACUGAUGACAAAUAGACCUGGCUCAUUUUAAGCUGUGUUUAAUGACUGAUUUAACCAAUGUUUGCCGUUGCAUGUUUUAUGCCGUUGCAUGUUUUA